AUCACUGACUGGCUCGUCUACCUUCUGAAAAGUGGAGCUUAAAGAUGGUCUUUUUACUGGUUUCGUCUUAAUUGCAGUGGUUGUUGAGAGGACCUUUUUGAGGAAUAUUUUCCAUAUUGUGAGGAAUAUUUCUCAAAUUUCCAUUUAUCAAACUUGAGAAAACUGAUGGCUGCUACAUUUCCACCAGAUGGUUUGCACUGCUUGGAUUUUAAAAAGGAUCAUUAGCAACCACGACCCCCUGUCUGCUCCGGAGUUACCCCCUUGCUUAUGCCUGUGAGUGAAUGUGAUUUUAGUGUGACUGUGUGGUUGUGUUUGCAUCUGCAUGGCGUAAGUGAGAGAUUUGAAGUAAGGAUUUUUUUACUCUGAAAGGACAAGAGAGGAAGUAAAGAAGUUGAAAGCAAGGAGUUGCAGCUAUGUCCCAGUGGAGGAACAGUUCGAGGACUGGGUGUCGACUACUUCAGACUGCCAAGAGCGGGAGCAGGAUGAUGGGAUACGUAGGGCUUGAAGGUUCCUUAAGCGCCGGCCGGUGGGUGUCCUCUCUAAUAUGGCUGCUGCUGCUGCUUCUGCAGGCUUCUCCGGUCGCCGUGUUGGCCCAGAAACUCGACGAGAAUGACCCGGUGGUCACCACCACCUACGGCAAGCUGCGCGGCGUCAAGAAGGAGCUCAACAAUGAGAUCCUGGGUCCUGUCGUGCAGUUUUUGGGCGUCCCAUAUGCCGCCCCGCCCACUGGCGAGCAUCGCUUCCAGCCGCCUGAGCCACCAGCGUCGUGGCCGGAGAUCCGCAACGCCACACACUUUGCCCCUGUGUGCCCUCAGAGCAUCGUGGAGGGCCGCCUGCCAGAUGUGAUGCUGCCAGUGUGGUUCACUAACAGCAUUGACGUGGUGUCCACAUAUGUCCAGGACCAGAGCGAGGACUGCCUCUAUCUUAACAUCUAUGUCCCCACUGAGGAUGGUCCCCUUACAAAGAAACACACUGAUGAUUUAGGUGAUAGUGACCGCACGGACGACGAAGACAUUAGGGAGAGUGGAAGCCCCAAACCGGUCAUGGUUUUCAUCCACGGGGGCUCCUACAUGGAAGGAACUGGGAAUAUGUUUGAUGGCAGCAUCCUGGCCAGCUAUGGGAAUGUGAUUGUCAUAACUGUCAACUACCGGCUGGGCGUCCUAGGGUUCCUGAGCACAGGUGACCAGGCAGCCAAAGGGAAUUAUGGUUUGCUGGACCAGAUCCAGGCUCUGCGUUGGACCAGUGAGAACAUUGCAGCCUUCGGCGGCGACCCGUUACGUAUCACUGUGUUCGGCUCAGGCGCCGGAGCUUCCUGUGUCAACCUGCUCACACUGUCUCACUACUCGGAGGGCCUGUUCCAGAGGGCCAUCGCCCAGAGUGGCACAGCUCUGUCCAGCUGGGCCGUCAGUUUUCAGCCAGCCAAAUACGCCCGGAUGCUGGCCCGUAAGGUGGGCUGUAACCUGGAGGACACAGUAGAGCUUGUUGUGUGCCUUCAGAGGAAACAUUACAAGGAGCUGGUGGAUCAAGACAUCCAGCCAGCACGCUACCACAUCGCCUUCGGGCCUGUUAUUGAUGGAGAUGUUAUACCUGAUGACCCUCAGAUACUCAUGGAGCAAGGUGAGUUCCUCAACUAUGAUAUUAUGCUCGGAGUUAACCAGGGUGAGGGCCUUAAGUUCGUGGAGCUCAUCGUGGACAAUGAAAAUGGCGUUCAGGCUAACGACUUUGACUACGCGGUGUCCAGUUUUGUGGACGAUCUCUAUGGCUACCCAGAGGGUAAAGACAUCCUCAGAGAGACCAUCAAGUUCAUGUACACAGACUGGGCCGACCGGCACAACCCAGAGACCCGCCGGAAGACACUGCUGGCCCUUUUCACUGAUCACCAGUGGGUGGCACCAGCUGUCGCCACAGCUGACCUGCACUCCAGCUUUGGGUCACCGACAUACUUCUAUGCCUUCUACCACCACUGUCAGACGGAACAGGUACCACCAUGGGCAGACGCAGCACACGGUGAUGAGAUCCCAUAUGUGUUUGGCCUGCCGAUGAUUGGACCAACAGAGCUGUUUCCCUGCAACUUCUCCAAGAACGAUGUGAUGCUCAGUGCUGUGGUCAUGACCUACUGGACAAACUUUGCCAAGACAGGGGACCCAAACCAACCUGUCCCCCAGGACACCAAAUUCAUCCACACCAAGCCCAAUCGCUUUGAAGAAGUGGCAUGGACACGCUACAACCAGAAGGACCAGCUGUACCUGCACAUUGGCUUGAAGCCCAGGGUCAAAGAGCACUACCGUGCUAACAAGGUCAACUUGUGGUUGGAGCUGGUUCCUCAUCUGCACAGCCUCAAUGAGGUCACCCAGCUCAUCCCCACCACCACCAAGAUUCCUCCACCUGAGGCUACCAACCGCACCCCGAAGACCAAAGUUCUGGUGACCAAGCGCCCUAACCCAACUCCAUUCCCCACCGAGACCCAGGACAGCCACAACCAACCGCACCUGGUGGACCAGCGUGACUACUCCACUGAGCUAUCUGUGACGAUCGCUGUAGGAGCCUCCCUGCUCUUCCUCAACAUUCUGGCAUUUGCCGCACUGUAUUACAAGAAGGACAAGCGCCGGCAUGAUGUCCACAGGCGCUGCAGCCCCCAGCGAAGCGCGGCCAACGACCUGGCUCACACUCAGGAGGAGGAGAUCAUGUCCCUGCAAAUGAAGCAACACUCAGACCUGGACCGGGACUGCAGGGGGGUUGGUGACUCCAUGCACCCGCAUGACAUGGUGCUGAGGACUGCCUGCCCGCCGGACUAUACUCUGGCCAUGAGGCGCUCGCCGGACGACAUCCCACUCAUGACGCCAAACACCAUAACCAUGAUCCCGAGCACCAUGGGGGGGCUCACUUCGCUCCACUCUUUCAACACCUUCCCCAGCAGCGGGCAGAAUAACACCCUGCCCCACCCACACCCACACUCACACUCCACCACCCGGGUAUAG